GGUCGGUCAUCGUCGAUAGUGGGGAAUCGAAUAUAAGAAGAGAGCUAAAGAGAGAAACUGAAACAGAUCGGAAUUUUCGAGAAAGCGCGAGAGGGAGAGAGACGAAACGAUGUCGUAUCUUCUACCGCAUCUUCACUCCGGCUGGGCUGUAGAUCAGGCGAUUCUAGCCGAGGAAGAGCGUCUCGUCGUCAUACGUUUCGGCCACGAUUGGGAUGAGACUUGUAUGCAGAUGGAUGAGGUGCUUGCGUCUGUUGCUGAGACGAUAAAGAACUUUGCGGUGAUAUAUCUGGUGGACAUCACCGAGGUUCCAGACUUCAACACCAUGUACGAGCUCUACGAUCCUUCCACGGUGAUGUUCUUCUUUAGGAACAAGCACAUUAUGAUCGAUCUUGGGACUGGUAACAACAACAAGAUCAAUUGGGCUAUGAAGGACAAGCAGGAGUUUAUCGAUAUCAUUGAAACCGUCUUCCGUGGUGCAAGGAAAGGUCGUGGGCUGGUGAUUGCUCCUAAAGAUUACUCUACUAAAUACCGCUACUAACCGGACUUGCCAAAAAAACAUUUGAUCGAAAACUCUUUAUGUUGAGUUGGAAGAUGUUCUAUGAACUUGUUGUUGGCUUAUAUUGCUUUGGGUGAUUUGUGAUUCUGCUGUUUAUUGGCUUUUUGCCAUUUAUGUGUAAGUGCUUCAAACUUUAAUUCAGUGAAAUGAAUACUUAGAAGCUAAUAUUGGGUUUAUGUAG